AUGGAAGAAUCACCACUAACAAAGGCGCACGAUCAUGCGAGAGCUGCCGCAAAUGCGUCAACAACUGUUGCCAUCAACGAACAUACUCUUGCUGCAGGCGAGUUCGCCAACGCCGCCCAGUCCACGACAAGCAUCGAAGCUCUGAGGACACUCAAGCUCCUUGAGGAGCACCACCUGCGCCUCUCCGAACUCCUAAAACUCCCCGUGCGCCGUCUUGAGCGAACAGAAUCCGACGAGAAGCAAGCAAACAACGCUACGGAAAUCACCAACGAUGCGACAUCCAAGGGCGAACAGCCAGCAACGGCGCCGCCUGCCAAGACGGGACCUGUCCCUUCUCUUCUACAAUCCAAGCGAUACCAGGCCGCCAGGCCCAUGACGUCUUCAAUCGCCAGCAACCUAGCCUCGGCCAGGGGCAUCAAGGCUCGCGACAGGGGUCAGCCGGUGCCGCCCAGCGUUAGCAAUGAUCAGGCCCCCGGCAACCUUGAGGUGUCGCCACGCAGCGAAAGAUCCAGAUCCAAGAUGCAGAAUGUGCUCGAUCAAUCCGGCAGGCCUGGCUGGGUGCCCCCUACAGCUGGACCAUCGAGAGCGGAGACACAGAGGUCGAAGGAACCGGAGGCUGAGGAGACAGCGGCGGCACCGAGCGAUGAUGGUUAUUCUCGUUUCUACAACACCUUUGGAACUAUCAUGAAUCGCCUUUCCGCUCCCUUGGCUUUCGCUGGACUGCCCCUCAUCGCAGAGGAAUCUACCCUGCAGGAAGUUGCAGAAACCUGGACCCCUGAAGCCUCACCGCCUAUCAAGCGCACAAAGCAUAAGUCGCCAGCACCGGCAGCCGAACCGGAUCUGUCAAAAAUCUAUUCGCGCGCGACCAUGCGCGCCAUGUCUGGCCAAAACCCCAACGAGUCUUUCUACGUGGUCCCUACAAGCGGACACACCAUGUCAUAUGCCAACAUUCUCAACUUUGCCGACAAGGAAAAGCGUCGUAUGGACGCCUCGCUCCACGUCGGAGGCGACAGCGGUCGUUUCGAAGAUGACGAGGACGAUUUCGUGGAUGCUCGAGAUACACCGAUUGCACCCCCCUCGCCCACGAAGCGCCGUGGCCGCGGCACCAUGAGUCACGCCAACGAAGCCCGGUCGUUUGCUUCGGGGUCUCACAAGACGGCGGAGGAGUUGGCCAUGGAGAACAAGAGUCUUAAGGAUGUCCUCGACAAGCUGAGCCGCCGCCUACACGCUUUUGAAGCCAGUGCCCAGAACUCAAGCCUUGCGCUCGCAGAGAGUAUGCGUUUUCGGAGGCCAACUUCGCCACUAGCCACCUCAGCUGGCGGUCCUCCCUCUGGGCCAGGGAUCGAAGAUACGGCGGCUCUAAAGGCGAAGAACAAGGAGCUUGAGGAGCAGAUGGCGUUGACUGUGCAGCGGAUAGAGGCGUUGGAGAAGGAGAACCAGAAAAUGGAGCGCACGCUGGCCAAGUAUCGCGAGAAGUGGGAGAAAUUGAAGGCGGGCGCGAAGGCAAGGCGGGAGGCGCAAGGAAGCGUAGAAAAUGCCGCUGCUGAGGAGGACCCCGGCGCCAGCGAGUCUAGGGGCGGCUGA